AUGCACAUCCACUUUGGCAUCCCGGAGGCCUUUUCUGGCCUCACGCAUCUCUUUGGCAACAAUGCGAACACCUUGGCGCGUCGAGGGUAUCUCGAGGACCCCAAUGAGAAACUCCCCGCCAUCGUCCCGGCCGUGCUCACUGUCGUCGUCUACGGUCUCGUCUUCCUGGUCCUCCUCCCAUGCGCCAACGCUCUCGACCGCGUGAGGGCAAACUACACCCCCAAGGGUGUCAGCCUCGGCGACGAGGAUGUCUUUGUUGGUCCUCGCCUUACCGGCGUGUUCAGCACCCUCCGCCGCGUCAAGAGCCUCGAAGGCUGGUUCGGCGUGUACAGGGGCGUGUACGCCCUGAUCCUUACCAGCGCCGUCGUCAACAUCCUGCUCCUCGCGGUUUGGGGUAUCCUGUCUCUGAUCGGAGGCCGCGUGGCCGUUUGGGCCCCGCUGGUGGUCCUUCCAUUCGCUGUCGUCCUCUCCGUCCCGGUUGUCAUUCUCGUCAACAGGGCGAUUGUCACGCCGUACCGCACUCUCAGCACACCUUGGGGAGCCCUCCGCACGCUCCUGACGCCUUAUGAGCGCUCAAGGCCGUGGGUCCUCUUCAAAAUCCCUGGUCUGCUCGCGACCCUGGUUCUCGUCAGCGCAUGGGAGAUGGUGCUCCGCGUGUUGGUCGCCCCCGGUGUCCUGCCCGACAACCAGAACCUCCGCAUUGCCCUCGGCGUCACCCUCCCAAUCAUCAGCACCGCCUGGCUUGUGCCGCUCAAGGUGCUCGUCAUGAAGAUCUCGGUCCAGGAGAACCGCGAGUACCAUGCCCCGCCGGCCGACGACGCAGAGGCGACCUCCGACGCCGACGUCGACACCGAGGCACAGCGCCCUGAUGUCGCCGCCCUGGAGCCCCUUCGUAUUGCCGACGAGGAGGUCGUCGCGCUGCGUCCAGGACCUCACUACCGUGGUGUGUUUGACGCUGUGCGCACCAUCAUCACAGAGGAAGGCAAGGGUGCGCUCUAUCGCGGCUGGGGCUGGACCCUCCUGGGCAACUGUCUUAUUGCUGGCGGGGUGGUAGUGUUCAUCUUGAACCCCGCGGUCCCUGGCACCCCUGCGUAG